AUGGCAUCAAAGAAGGUAGAAGUUUUGGAGGGGGAAAUGGGCCAAUUGAAAGAGGAAGUGGGUGAGAAACUUUCUUCGUUGGAGGGAAAAUUCUCAACCCUAGAGGAGAGAUUUGGGGGAAUGGAAGAGAUGAUCCGGAAAUUGUUAGAAGCCCAAGUUGUUCCAUCAAAUCCUAAGGAAAAAGGGAAAUCUCCGGUGACAAACCCUAACCCUAACCCUAACCCUAAUUUCCCAAUUAGGGAAGAAGGAGUAAAUCAGAGUGAAAAUGGCAUGCAAGGGCAAUGGCCAAGGGAAGGGGGAGAAGGGUCUGGAGUGGGCGGCCUUUGGGGAAUGACCGGUGGUCAAGGGGGCCGGCCACACAUGGGCUCGGUGGGCCUCCACAGCACACGUGAAGGGUGGCCGAAUCAGAUGGGGGGAUUUCCGGAAGGGAACCGUGCCACGUGGGAGCAGGGAGGAAGAAGGGAUGACUACGGCAUGGGUUAUGGUGAGCCAAGAGAACCACCAUGGCGGGGGAUCCAAAAUCCUUACCCGGGGGAGAGGAGGGGAAGACCACCGGGGGAGGGAUUCACUCAGGGGACAUGGGGAGAUGGAAGACCCUUCAACCGAGCCGACAACCGCAUGAGAAAAUUAAAGCUUCCUAUUUUUGAAGGAGAGGAUGCUUAUGGGUGGAUCUACAGGGUGGAGCGCUACUUUGCAGUGAAUGGCGUCACAGAAGAGGAAAAGUUGAUGGCGGUUCCGAUAUGUUUGGAGGGAAAAUCAUUGGCCUGGUUUCAAUGGCUUGAAGGGAGACAACAUGUUAGGAGUUGGGAGGAGUUCAAAGACCUCCUACUUCAUAGAUUCCGGGUGUCUAGCGAGGGUACAUACUAUGAGCAGUUUCUGGCUCUAGUGCAGGAGGGCACAGUGGCAGAGUACAGGGAGCACUUUGAGCUACUCUCAGGCCGAUUAAGAGGGAUUCCAGAUGACCUUUUGGAGGGGAAUUUCAUGAAGGGGUUGAAGCCCCACAUCAGAGCAGCCAUCAGAGUAGUUGAUCCACAUGGGUUAGUGAAGAUAAUGGAGACUGCACAGCUGGUAGAGGACAAGCUGAAGGUGGAGCCACCGAGGAGAUCAGGGGUAUCUUACCCCACUUACCGACCACCACUCAUGACAGGAGGCCCAAAGGCGGCUACCAUCCUUCCUCCUAGGGAGGUAGCCAAGGAGAAAACCACUAUGGCAGUGAACCAAGGGGGGUUCAAAAGAUUGACUGAUUCAGAGCUGAAGGAAAAAAGGGCCAAGGGCCUUUGCUACCGAUGUGAUGAGAAGUUUACACCAGGACAUAGGUGUAAGGAGAAGACACUACAUGUGAUCAUAGUGGGGGAUUCAGAGGAGGAGGAAGGAGACACAGGGGCAAAUGAGGAGGAUGGAGAGGAGGAAGAGCACCAUCAUUUGGCUAUGGUGGAGGUCUCACUCAACUCCAUAGCCGGACUGACAUCGCAUUCCACCAUGAAGCUGGAAGGGGAGAUUGCAGGGUACAAGGUGAUGGUUUUGAUUGAUAGUGGGGCCACCCACAACUUCAUAGCUUGCAGAUUGGUGGAGAGGGUGGGACUACCGGUGACCCAAGGGAGAGGGGUAGGAGUUAUUUUGGGCACGGGGAAGAAGGAGCGCUGUAGCGGGCAGUGUAAGGGAGUGACCCUCACAUUGCAAGGGGAGGAGACAGUGCAAGACUUUCUAUUGUUGGACUUGGGAAGCACUGACGUGAUACUCGGGAUGCAGUGGCUCCAGUCCUUGGGUGAGAUGAAGGUGAAUUGGAAGAAGUUAUACAUGGAGUAUGGAAAGGGGAGCAGGAAAGUGACACUACAGGGAGACCCCAGUUUAUGCAGAGCCAGAGUGGCCUUGAAGUCCAUCUUCAAGACUUUGAGAGAUGAGGGAGAGGGCUAUUUGAUAGAACUACAGCAAGUGGGCAGGGAGGAAGAAAGAGAGCCAGAAGUCAUACCUGAGGUGAUCCAGGACCUUCUACAGCAGCACUCCUCCGUGUUUCAGAUGCCCCAGGGGUUACCACCUGUCAGAUCCAGGGAGCAUGCUAUUGUGUUGAAGACCGGGGUAGCACCCGUCAGCGUGAGACCCUACAGAUAUCCUCAUGCUCAGAAGGAGGAGAUUGAGAGGUUGGUAGCAGAGAUGUUGGAGGCUCAGGUGAUCCAGCCUAGUGUGAGCCCAUUUUCCAGUCCUGCACUCUUAGUGAAGAAGAAAGACGGUAGUUGGCGAUUCUGUGUAGACUACCGGGCCCUCAACAAGGAGACUGUGUUGGACAAGUUCCCUAUUCCUGUGGUAGAUGAACUUUUGGAUGAACUUGGAGGAGCCACCAUCUUCUCCAAGGUGGACUUGAAGUCUGGUUAUCACCAGAUUAGGAUGAGGACUGAAGACAUUCAGAAGACGGCCUUCCGAACACAUGAGGGCCAUUAUGAGUUUCUGGUGAUGCCGUUCGGGCUCACUAACGCUCCCUCCACUUUCCAAGCCCUGAUGAAUCAGGUCUUCCAGCCCUACUUGAGGAGGUUUGUUUUAGUCUUUUUUGAUGAUAUAUUGGUGUAUAGCAAAUCUCUGCAGGACCAUAUCACCCAUCUUGGGGUGGUACUCACGACCUUAUUGGAGCAUCAGCUAUAUGCCAACCAGAAGAAGUGUUCUUUCGCUCAGAAGGAGGUGGAGUAUCUGGGACACAUCAUUUCAGAGAGUGGGGUGGCAGCUGACACCACCAAGAUAGAGGCCAUGGUGAAGUGGCCUACACCAAAAUCCCUUAAAGGACUAAGGGGAUUUUUGGGACUUACGGGCUACUACAGGAGGUUCAUCAAGGGCUAUGGUUCCAUAGCAGGUCCUUUGACUGAUCAGUUAAAAAAGGACAAUUUUCAACAAUGGCCAUCAGUUCCGCUCAUAACUGAUUUUAGCCUUGCUCUAUUUGUAGAUUCGGCUGAAGAAAGCAAUGCGCUUGAUUCUGCAUGA